ACGCGCCAUCUUGAGAAGGUCAUAAUAAAUCGGGUGAAUGGACCGGUGAAUGUUCAUGUUUUCUUUAUUGAUAUAACUUUAUAGAUUACACAAGAGAGUGGGAAAUUUUCAAGGCAGAUGUUUUCUGUAAGACCUUUCCCAGGCCUGCAUGCGGAAAUUGUCCGCCGGAGUAACGUGAGUAGCUAGGGGAGAUGUUUAGCUAAUGUCAGCUAGCUAUGAUAGCUAGUUAACUAUACUAACUAGCUAGUUGGCUAAGUUAACCUCCAGUCAGACACUGGCAACGUUUGGUAGUUUGAGCAAUGUUUAUCGAGGAAGAACCAAAUUGAUUGAGCCAACAUUACAGAAAUGUCGAUUAAAAAAGAGGUUUUUCUAGGAAAAGUUCUGCAAAAACUUUACCCUGCACCCGCUCAACUAAAGCUUCAGACAGUUGUCUACCCACCUUCUGCUGAAGUCGAGUCGGUUGCUAAUCAAACUUGUGUCAUUGCAAAAAGCAUUAAACCUGUCAUAGGCAAUGGUGAUGGAGGAAUACCCGCCCUUAAAAGUAAAAAGCUGUACACCGUGCUUCCACCUCCAGAGGCAUACAGCGGUGGUGCUCAGUUACCAGUGGUGGGCCCUGCACCAGAGAGUACAAGCAAAGGGAGCGAUCCAGAAAGUGAGGAGCCCGACGACGUCCAAGAGGAGGAACCAAGGAGGAAGAGGAGGAGAAGGAGGAAAGGGAAGGUCUCUGAGGUCCUGGUGAAUGGAGCAGAGGGGAAGGAGAGUGUCACGGGGUCAGAGGUCGACGCCGCCCGGACGAGCCCGGCAGAGCAGCUCAGCAGAAACAAGAAGCGGAAGCUGAAGAAGAAGCGGCACAGGGAGAAGCUGCGAAGCCUCGGCCUGGCACCCCAGGCCUCAGUCGUGGAGUUCACCUACCAGCACAAGGAGGAUGCAGAGGCAGGAGAGGACGAAGCAGAGGACGAGGAGGACGAGUGUAACGAUGAGCAGGCUGCUGAGGUGCUGGACUUCCUCCAGACCACACUAGAGACCUACAUCUCAGACCGUUCCUCUCCUGAGAGAACGCCCCCUAGUGGUGUAGACGCUCUUCUCCGCAGCCUGUCUGACAGAACAGCGCCCCCAGGUGAGCUGGCUCGUCUGUGCGGCCUGAAGAAGCUGGUGCUGCGGCGCGACACAGAGGAACUGAGGCGGUUGCUGGAGGACUUCCAGAGCAGCACGGCCAUGCCUGUUGAGGAGGCUUCUGCUGUCUGCACUCUCUUUCACUAUUGGAUCGCAGACAUUUUCCCUUUGGGUGAAGUCCUGAAGACCUGAGACAUCAGUUUCACUUGGCAAUAGGGCGUCCUUCUCUAUGAGGGGAAAACAGAAAUAUAUGUAUGACAUGACAGACGUUUUGUAAUAAAAACUUGAUUUUCAACAAUA